AUGGACGCCGCGUGCAAGUGGCGGGGUUUGCCCGACGGCCCCAGCCUCAGACUCUUGACGGCGCCGAGCUACGGGCCGGUCAAGGAGCAGCAGCUCUCGGCCUUGCAGGAGCUGACGCGGGCGCACAUCGAGUCCUUUAACAACGCCGUGGGCGAGGGGCUGCACCGGGCAGUGCAGGCCAUCCCACCUUUAGAGUUUGCAUUUAAGAAUGAUCGGAUCACUUUGGCCAUCGUUGGGGCUGUGAUCGGUCCACCUAUGGUACCUAAGGGCUGUAUAUGUAAAGAAUUGAAAGUUUACCCAGCAGAAUGCAGGGGGCGCAGAAGCACCUACCGUGGGAAACUGACGGCUGAUAUAAGCUGGUCAUUGAAUGGUGUCCCUAAAGGGAUUAUUAAACAGUCCCUUGGAAAUGCUCCGAUUAUGGUGAAGUCCAAACUAUGCAACCUCUAUGGUCUUUCUCCCAAAGAACUUGUCAAACACCAUGAGGAAGAAGAGGAAAUGGGAGGCUAUUUCAUCAUUAAUGGAAUAGAAAAGGUGAUCCGAAUGGUAAUCAUGCCAAGGCGCAACUUCCCUCUUGCAAUGAUAAAACCAAAGUGGAGAUCCAGAGGCCCUGGCUACACACACUAUGGUGUCUCAAUACACUGCGUUAGAGAUGAACACACUGCUGUUAACAUGACCCUUCAUUAUCUUGAAAACGGCACAGUGAUGGUGAACUUCAUUCACCAGAAAGAGUUAUUCUUUAUCCCACUGGGAUUCAUGCUGAAGGCAUUAGUUAGUUUCUCAGAUUUCCACAUUUUUCAAGAGCUGAUGAAAGGAAAAGAAGAAGAUACUUUCUAUAAGAACUGUGUCUCUCAAAUGCUGAGGCUGGUGGUAGAAGAAGGCUGCAUCACACAGAAACAGGUUCUCAACUUCCUGGGUCAGCGAUUCCGAGUGAAACUGGGCCUUCCCGAGUGGUACACCAGUGAACAAGUUGGAGAGUUUCUGUUUCAGCAGUGUAUCUGCAUACACCUGAAAACCAAUACUGAAAAGUUCUACUUACUUUGUUUCAUGACCCGGAAACUGUACACUUUAGCGAAAGAAGGCUGUAUGGAGGAGAAUCCUGACAGUUUAAUGAACCAAGAAGUGCUCACUGCAGGACAACUUUACCUCAUGUUUUUAAAGGAGAAGAUGGAAGCUUGGUUACAGUCGGUUAAAAUAGCAUUAGAAAGAAAGGCGCAGAAGACAAAUGUAACAAUUAAUCCAGAAAGCAUGAUGAAGAUUGUUGGCAUGGGAACGGAUCUUACAAGGAUGUUCGAAUACCUCCUUGCCACUGGUAACCUGCGAUCCAAAACCGGUCUGGGGAUGUUGCAAAGCUCCGGUCUGUGUGUGAUGGCAGACAAGCUGAACUUCAUCCGCUACCUCGCUCAUUUCCGCUGUGUACACAGAGGUGCUGACUUUCUCAAGAUGAGAACCACCACAGUGCGCAAGUUGCUGCCAGAGUCCUGGGGUUUCCUUUGUCCUGUGCACACCCCAGAUGGUGAACCCUGUGGCCUGAUGAAUCAUAUGACAGUUACAUGUGAAAUAGUCACACAGCCUUCGUACACGAUAUCCCUGCCACCGUUGCUGUGCUCCCUCGGUGUCACUCCAGUUGAUGGAAUGCCAAGCCAGUCCUAUGCAGACUGUUACCCAGUUAUGUUAGAUGGCUCUUUGGUGGGCUGGGUAGAGAAGGAUCUAGCUCCUGGUCUUGUAGACACACUCAGAUAUUUUAAGACAAUGCAAGAGAAGAGAAUUCCAGUGUGGACAGAGGUGGUCCUUAUCCCAAUAACAGGGAAACCCAGCCUGUACCCAGGGCUCUUCAUUUUCACUACCCCAUGUAGGAUGAUGCGUCCUGUACAGAACUUGGCCUUGGGAAGAGAAGAGUUGAUUGGCACUCUGGAGCAGGUCUUCUUGAACAUUGCUGUGUCUGAGGAUGAAAUUUCACCUGGAGUGACCACUCACCAGGAGCUCUUUCCCCAUAGCAUGUUAAGCGUAGUAGCAAGUUUCAUUCCCUUUUCCGAUCAUAACCAGAGUCCCAGAAAUAUGUACCAGUGUCAAAUGAGCAAGCAAACUAUGGGCUUUCCACUUCAGACCUUUCAGAACCGGUCAGAUGACAAACUUUACCGGCUUCAGACCCCUCAGAGCCCCUUGGUGCGGCCAUCCAUGUAUGAUUAUUAUAACAUAGACUCUUAUCCAGUUGGUACAAAUGCAAUUGUUGCUGUUAUCUCCUAUAGUGGUUACGAUAUGGAAGAUGCAAUGGUUAUAAGCAAAGCUUCCUGGGAAAGAGGGUUUGCUCAUGGAAGUAUCUACAAGACCGAGUGUGUUGAUCUUGCUGAAAAAGUGAAGCAAGGAACUGAGCACCUGGUGUUUGGGAUUGGUCAUGAUAGCCCAGCUCCUUUGAAGAAUUUGGAUGCUGACGGGCUGCCCUAUGUUGGGGCCAAACUUGAAUAUGGGGACCCUUACUACAGCUAUCUGAACCUCAGCACAGGGGAAAGCUUUGUGACCUACCACAAGAACAGGGAAACCUGUUUUGUGGAUAACAUCAAAAUAUGUAGCAAUGACACAGGAACUGGAAGAUUCAAAAGCGUUUGCAUCACUCUGAGAAUCCCCCGGAAUCCAACUAUUGGUGACAAAUUUGCCAGCCGGCAUGGGCAGAAAGGCAUCUUGAGCAGACUAUGGCCAGUUGAAGACAUGCCAUUUACAGAAAGCGGAAUGGUGCCAGACAUUCUCUUCAAUCCUCAUGGCUUUCCAUCCCGAAUGACUAUUGGCAUGUUAAUUGAGAGCAUGGCAGGAAAAUCGGCAGCUCUGCAUGGGCUCUGCCACGAUGCCACCCCCUUCACAUUUUCGGAGGAGAACUCUGCCCUGGCACACUUUGGUGAAAUGCUGAAGGCUGCUGGCUACAAUUACUAUGGGACUGAGAAGAUGUACAGUGGCGUGAGUGGAGUAGAGCUGGAGGCAGACAUUUUCAUUGGAGUUGUGUACUACCAGCGCUUGAGACACAUGGUCUCUGACAAGUUUCAGGUUAGGACUACAGGGGCCAGAGACAAAGUCACCAACCAGCCCAUUGGAGGAAGGAACGUUCAAGGCGGCAUCCGUUUUGGUGAGAUGGAACGGGACGCUUUGUUAGCUCACGGAACGUCCUUCUUGCUGCAUGACCGUCUCUUCCACUGCUCGGAUCGUUCAGUGGCCCACGUGUGCAUUAAAUGUGGCAGUUUGCUUUCUCCUCUGUUGAAGCCUCCCCCUGCUUGGUCCACCACCCGCAUCAGGCAGCAUGUCUGUACCAUCUGCGAGCGGAGUGAUACCAUUGAGACAAUUGCUGUACCUUAUGUCUUCCGAUGUUUUGUGGCAGAACUGGCAUCCAUUAAUGUAAAAGUGAAACUUGAGGUGAAUUAAUUCUGGCAACAUGAACUAUCGUUUUUUUAACUUUGAAAGAGCAGCAAACAUGCUUCUGCUGAUGAACGUUUACAGUGUCGUUGGUUUAUUAUGAACUGUCUGGUUUUAUGUAUUUAAAAACAAGGUUAAAUUCUACAUAGCAUAAGUAAUCAGACUCAGCCAUGUAGGACAGUCACUUUAAACUUUGUGCAGACUAGCACAGUUUUUAAUAAACUAUUGGAAGGAUAACCUUUUUCAAACUUAUUUUAAAACUUAUUUCAUUUGCUCUACAGUUUGGAGACCCAAAUAUAUUUUUUCAUGCUGUAGAUCUUAAAGUGUGACUUAUGCCAACAAUGGGGGCACCAAAAAGAAGCUGGGAAGUUAAAGAUGAACGUUAGAAAGCAAUUGAACUCCUCCUAUCUAAAUCAAGACAUGUGCCUUUACAUCCAUGACACUGGUCCUGUAUUUUAGUACUUGCUUAAAUGAAACAAUAAAUCUGGCUUCCGACAUCAGCCAAUCCUGAAGUGUGAUGUUGAUUACUUUUAAGGCAACAUUUUCCUUCCCCCAACUUCAGUUACAAGUUCUAGCCUUAUGCAAGGGGGCUCUUGCAUAAACAAAGAUAGGCUUUAGUUAAUGUCACAAGAGCCCAGUUCUCAGGUUGAUUGCCCCUCAGAUUCAUAACUAAGCUGCCUGCUAGUGUGCAUGAUAGAACCUUAACUUCCCCCCAACCAGACAGUUAGUUCUUAUUGUCUUGGAAGUGUGUACAAAGACUGUGGCGAGGUUUGAGCUGACCUCAACUGCCCUCUCAGAGGUUGCUUUAAAAAUAUGCACGAACAUUUAAUGGAAUGUUAUAGUUGAAACUUUCCUGAAGUGUGUUGCUUUUUGCUUAGUUCUUAUUAAACUAAUAUUGCUUGUUUGUUUUUUCAAACAUUUUUGCUCUGAAGUCCAUAGAGACACCUUUGUAACAAAAUUACAUUUUAAGAUAACAUAUUGAAUGAAAAUUAUCUUUUA